CUUGUCGCCGGUCUCUCAGCUGAAGCAGCUGCCUCGAGAAGAGACGCACCAGGAGAGACAGCGAAACUGAGAGAAGAAGGGACAAGCUUCUCGAAUCUAGCGAACGCACAGGCUUCGCGGCGCGCCCAGUCUUCUGGUGUAUGUACACCUCGCGCACACCGCAUGGCGGCCUCCGUCGUUGGCCUUUGUCUCGGUCGUCAGUGAGCGCCGUCGCCAGUCGCGUGUUGUCUCGUUCAGUUGCUUUUCACCGGCGACUCGCCUCGUUCCUGCUCUCGAGGAAGAAGACACCUCUGUGUGCCCUCAGCUCCCGUCCAUCCGGUCUGCAGGCCUCCUCCGGUGUACAGACAGUCACCAUGGCGCACAGCUUCGCACGAGGCCGCCCACCGGCGGCCGGCCGAACACUCGCGGUUUUCCUUGCUUUUCUCGCAGUUCUUUCGCCUUCGCUUCUGCCGGGAUUCUUCAGUGAAGACGCGCAGAAGCGUGAAUCCUCAGUCCUCGUCGCCAACGCUGCGUCCUACGCAAACAAAAAGGUCUCGGUGUCCGAGGUUUCGUUCGACAGUCACAUCGAGGACAUUCAGUGGUGCGGCACCGACCACCGGACGAUUUUGUUGAAAACGCGGCGGGGGCGGCUGUACCGUUCGCAGGACGGAGGCAAGUCCUGGACGGAAAUCACGGAUCUGCUCAAGUCGUCGGAGGCGGCCACCGGCACUGUGGCGGUCGACUCCAUCAUCGUGUCGCCAGUGGACAAGCGCGUCGUGUUGAUUGUGGGGUCCAAGCGAAACCACUUCAUCUCUGAGGACAGCGCCGCGACGUUCCGCCGGCUCAAGUACAAGAACACGAUUCACAACUUCCACUUCCACCCCACGCGGCCCAAGUACGCGAUUCUGUCGACCUGGACGGACGCAUGCUACUCGGGCAGCGGCACCGCGAGCCGCGCGCAGAGCCAGCAAGACUGCAACCACCAGCUCUUCUACACGCGGGACCUGGGUCGCUCCUUCAAACUCGUAGCCGACUACGUCGUCCAGUUCUCCUGGGGAGACAAGAAGCUCGGAAACACCGACCAUAUCUUCUUCACGCAGCACCGCGGAAGAUCCGGAGAUCAGCCCCGAUACGGCGGAUGGUCUAAAAACGUGGAUCUGAUGUACACUCCGGACUUUGGAGCGACCAUCACGCGUCUGGUCUACCGCGGAAACAAGUUCCUUUUGUCGAAUGGAUAUUUCUUCGUUGCGAAAGUGAAAGACGCCGCCAAGCAAACGGUCUCUCUCCUCGUGUCCACGGAUGGAGGCAAGUCAUUCCAGAUGGCCAAGCUGCCGGUUGAAAUAGAGGAGAGGAGUUACACGGUCUUGGAUACGUCUGAAGACGCGAUUAUGUUGCAUGUGAAUCACGGCCACGACAACAAGGGUGACACAGGCAACGUGUACAUUUCGGACGCGAAGGGUGUCCGAUACUCGCUGUCGCUGCCGAACAACAUCCGCACCAGCACCGGAGAGUGCGAGUUCGACAAAGUGCUUUCUCUCGAGGGUGUGUACUUGGCGAACUUCAAGGACUCAGUCGACUCGUCUGCGUCCGUGGACGGGGGACAGCAAGGCGACCUGGAGAAGUUGGAGGAGGAGAUCGAAGAGGAGGCCGAAGGCGUCCAGGUGGACCUCGAGAAGAAGCACAAAAGCGUCGCUACGCGGAGCCGUCAGGAAGAGGUGAUUCGCACAGUGAUCUCCUUCGACAAAGGCGGCGUUUGGUCGUAUCUGAAGGCUCCGAAAGUCGACAGCAGGGGACAGAAGAUCGACUGUCCGCCCGAUCGCUGCUGGCUUCACUUGAAUGGAAUCACGCGCUUCAGCGACUUCGCACCCUUCUACUCAGUCGAGAACGCCGUCGGAAUCAUCAUGGGCACUGGAAACGUCGGCAGCUAUCUCAGGCCUGAAAAAGACGAGGCAAACACUUACCUCUCUCGAGAUGGAGGAGUCUCGUGGAUCGAAGCUCACAAAGGAGCUUUCAUCUACGAAAUGGGUGACCAUGGCGGCUUGUUAGUCAUGGCCGACGACACGAAGAAAACGAAUCAGGUCGUCUUCAGCUGGAACGAGGGACAGAGCUGGUACGACUUCGAGCUGGGUGCGGCGCCGCUUUUCGUCGACAACAUCGUCAUCGAGCCGAAUGCGUCAAGUGUCGAGUUUCUUCUCUACGGCAAGCGAGAGCAAGACUCCGCAGGUGUUCUAUUUCACCUCGACUUCAACGCGCUGAACCAGCAGCAGUGCAAAGGCAUUUGGGCCGCAGACUCCGUCAGCAGCGACUACGAAACGUGGAGUCCUUCGGAUGGCCGCGCCGGUGGCGAGAGAUGCAUUUUGGGGAAGCAUAUCACGUACACCCGGAGAAAGCAAACGAGCGAGUGCUUCAACGGCCGAGACUUUGACCGCCCGAAAGUUUCCAAGGUGUGUCCGUGCACUAUGGAGGACUAUGAGUGCGAGUUUGGCUUCACGAGAGCCAUCGGGUCCACCCAGUGCGUGGCGACCGACGCAGCAGCAGCCGCCGCCGCGACAGCGACUGGCCUCGCGCAGUUCGCCGACGAAUCAGACGCCGCAGCCGCCGCCGCAUGCACCUCCUCGUCUUUCUUCUACACCUCUGCCUAUCGAAAAGUUCCGGGAGAUGUCUGCGAGGGCGGCUGGAUGCCCGAGAAGGUCGCUGUGCCUUGUCCCGCCCAUUCACCCGUCAGUCGAGGAGGAAAGACAGUGUUGCUUCUUCUUCUCUUUAUCGUCGUCGUCAUGGUCGUCAUCAACUAUCUGGCGAAAACUGGAAGACUGAAGAAGUUCUUCCGUAACGCAGGUUUCGACAGCUUUGCAAAUGUCUCUUACGGCCUUGUCGGCGCCUCCGCGGGAGGGCCUGGCGGGUGGCUCGACCAGGAAGCUGGUGAAAGUCGAAGGGGAGAAGAACUUGGAGAAAGAUCAAAAUACGAACCGGAACUGGGCUUCAUCGAAGCCGAACAGGACGAGAACGAAGAAGACGCGCCGACGCUGAUGAACUACGGCAACGCAGCAGGCGGUCAAAGAACUUCCGGCAUGUCUUCGCGGUCGCCGAAACCGACAGAAGAUUUCGAACUCGACGAUUCACGGCCCCUCUUCCCCUCCCAUGUCAGCUCUCGCGAAACUCAAGGAAGCUCCGGUCUUCACCCUCGCUCGACUUCGACAGAAAACGAACCUAUUCCGCGUCUGGCGCCGCCGCGAUUCGACGAGGAUAACGUCGAACUUCUUUGA